AGGAACUUCACCAGUGCAAAGUGAUACUUUUUUCAGUUCUCUUCCUCUUCUGGUUUACAGAAACAACAUAAUAAUCUUUCAGUAUCAUUAUCAGUGCUAUUUUCACAGUUUCCGAGCAUAGUUGAGAGAAAUGGACAAGACUGCUCAAGGUGGUAAGGCAUAUGGUCUUCUAAAGUCUCAACAAGAUGAAAAACUGAACGGCAUCAAUGAGACUUUUCUCUCAGAUCCAAUGUAUGUAGAGGAGGAAGAUUUGGCCUCAAAGCUGGAAACUUUUAAAAAGAAAUACAUGGAGUUUGAUCUUAAUGACAAAGGAGAAAUAGAUAUGAUGGGGUUAAAACGAAUGUUAGAGAAACUGGGACUUGCCAAAACUCACUUGGAGCUGAAAAAGAUGAUUUCAGAGGUGGCUGGAAGUUCAUCAAAGGACACAAUCAGCUACGAUGACUUCCUGAAGAUGAUGCUGGGGAAAAGAAAUGCCAUUCUAAAGUUGAUCUUGAUGUUUGAAGGCAUGGGAAAGGAGCAGGAGCAGAAAGAAGCCGGACCACCUUCUCGCAAAACCUUUUCAGACCUGCCCUGAAAGAUGUCGCCAUCCCAGCUGAAACUGACCUGGCCUCAAACCAUAAUACAGAAUGCUAUUUCGUUUUACUUAAAAGAGCCAACAUUUGACAUCAGACUCUCACACCGUGUACUAUUAUGUUUUUUUUUUAGUUAAAUCAAAAGUAAAACGGGACUCUUUCUUUCCAAUAAAACUUUUAUGUCAGUCAACAUUGCCACACAUUUCCUGUUACCAUGGUAACUCGUGAAGCGUGCAUUAUUGAAACUUUAUUUUGAAAACUGAUUUACCGGAAGUGUGACGUCUCUGAAGGGAGAGCAAAUUUAAGAAAGCUUGCAACUUGAUGUAUUAAAAUACAGAAGGGUGAGUAAAAACCAAAUCAGGCUGUUUUUAUAUACACGUGGGAUACAGUUAUCUUUUAAAAAAGGAAAACAUGCUCUCGUUAAAAAAAAGUAAUUAUCUGUACAUUGUGUGUUAACCAGAAAGGUAGAUUUGUAGUUUAGUAGAGCUAACGUAGUAGCAGGGAAACCAUACUCCAUCUUAAAAACCCACUGCUAUACAAUGCUUUUAUGUGCUAUAUUCAAUUUGCUGUGUCCAUAUGGGAAUAUAAAAUUGCAUGUAUUAAUAAAAAGGGCAGCUAUCUAGCUUA